AUGACCGCUAGUAACGCUGACGACAAGGGUUACCUUGUCAUUGAGGAGAUCCCCGAACGACUCGACGAACAACACACCAUCACCACCCAAACCCUUGGCUUCCUCGUCCACCCCCUCAUCCCCAUCCUCCUCUCCCCCAACGAUAACCCCCCAUCUUCUUCCACCCUUACAUUCACCCCCUCAACCCCCCUCAAAAUAGCAGACAUCGGCACAGGCACAGGCGCCUGGCUCCUCGACAUCGCCGCUCACCUCCCGCCCUCCCUACCAGCCCUCCUAACAGGCUAUGACCUCGUCCCCCCCUCCACAACCACAGGACACACCGCCGCAGCCCUCACCGCUCUUCAUAAAUCCCACCCCAACCUAACAAUCCAAUUCCUCCCGCACGACAUGCACCACCCCUUCCCCACCCCGGAACUCGCCACCUACGACCUCGUCGCGGCGCGUUUCGUCAGCAGCGCCAUGACACGCGGUCAAUGGAAGGAUGUAUUGGGAAACGUGAAACAGUUGGUGAAGCCGGCCACGGGGUGGGUGCAGUGGAUUGAGUCGUGUAAUUUUCGGGUGUAUGAUUCUGUGCCUAGUGUUGCGGGGACGGCGAAGGUGGGGAAGGGGGUGUUUCGGGAGGUGUGGGAGGGGUUGGAGCCUUUUCGGGAGUUGGUGAUUGGGCUUAUGGUGCGCGAAGCGAGAGAUGUGAAGAGGGAAGAACUCUGGCGGUCGGCUGGGUUGGUGGAUGUGCACGAAGAGGUGUUCUCAACGGAUCGGAUCCAGGACCCGACGCUGCAGAUCCGGGAGAAGGGUACGCGGAACGUGAUGGAGUGUUAUUUGGGUUGUUUGGAGACGCUUGUGGGUGCUGAAGGGAGCGGGUGGACGAAGGAGCGGCUGGAGAGAGUGCGCGGGGAGGUCGAUGCGGCUAUUGACAAGGGGGUGUACCAUGCGCUGGAUCAGGUUUGUAUGAUCGGACGGAGGCCUGAGGAAGAGUAG